AUGGCGACAGUCCUCAUCGGGCAAGCGCCCACCAACCUCGGUCCGUUGACGACGACCUUCACGCCGCCGCCGGAAUGUACCGCCGCGGUGGGCGCAGCAAGCAACGGGCUAGCGGACUUUUUUGGAGUUGGAGAUGCCAAGGACGUGGCAUACCUCGGGCAGGGCUGCUCUCGAGGGAAAGCCUUCGAUGCCACGACAUGCUGGCCGGGAACUUCGAAGGGCGCCGAGGAAAAGGGGGCGCCGCUCUACGGAUGGGGGUUCUACUCGCCGGGCUUACAUUGCCCGGUUGGGUAUGCCACUGCCUGCUCGGCAACGGGAGGGAGCGGCGGAGGGUCUGGCUGGCCGGUGCAGUUCAAGCUUCGGGAUGGCGAGACGGCGGUCGGCUGCUGUCCAAGUGGAUAUGGUUGCGCCAACAUCAACGGUCAAACAUGCACCAUGAUGGCUACCUCGACCACGAUACCUACCGUCACCUGCGACGGGAAUGAAAUCGGCGAUGGUGCCUCCAUGACGGUCCCCAGCGAGGAAGCCUCCAUCACAGCGUUCAGCCUACUCGCGCCAAUGAUACAGAUCAACUGGCAGAGCAGUGAUCGACCCAAGUCCACAACCAGCUUCCGGGCGAGUGUGACGAAAACGUCAACCACCGGCCGGGUCAGAUCAACAUCGUCCGAGACAAGUACCGGUGAGACUGAAAGCGACAACACUAGCGAGACCAAGACCAGUGAUGGCUCUAGGGGUGAAACUCUCGUCCUCGACGAACACCCUCAGACAACAGGCGGCGAGGUUGACAUUGGCGGCGGCGCCCCAACCACCACCCCCACACUCCAAGAGAACGAAUCUUCGCCUGAUAAUGGCGCUAUGAGCUCAGGGGCCAAAGUAGCCAUCGGCGUGGCGAGUGCGGUGGGUGUCCUCAUGGUGCUCGUGUGCGCGCUCUUCUACUGCUGGAGAAAGCGCAAGACGCGGCGGGAAGAACAAGAACUGGACAGGCUGUACGGGCUCAAGCACAGCAUGAGUAUAGGUGGCGACUUUACAAACAGUAGCGACAUCCCCGGUUGGUAUCGUGGACAAAGGCUGGCAACGGCGACGAAGGAUCCGUUUGGAGUGCACGAUGCAAAUCACGGUGCGAUGAUGCCCGAGAUGGAGAGACCGGCUGCGCCGUAUUACCGACCAUAUCGGCCGGCGUAG